AUGGGUUUUGGGGGCAAUAGCGACACUCCUGUUAAUCAUACGACGGAGUGCAUCUCCUCUUAUGCCGAGAACAUUCUUCAAAUCCUUAACAUGUACAGAAAGAGUGGCAUCUUCACAGACAUAGUCCUGCAAGUGGAUGGUUGCGAGUUCCCCUGUCAUCGCGCCGUACUGAGUGCCAGCAGCCCCUAUUUCCACACCAUGUUCAAUAGUCAAAUGCUGGAGAGUACGCAGUCUGUGAUACAAAUCCAGGUCCUAUCUCGCGUGGCCAUGGAAGACUUGCUAAACUUCCUGUACGAGGGAAGGGUUGACCUGAAUGAAGACAACGUGGAGACCGUCUACCAAGCAGCUGAUUUCCUAGGGGUUUCGGUCCUCUGCAACGCCUGCAUCCAGUUCCUGGAGAAACGCGUCAACCACUCCAAUUGCCUGGGCAUCAUGGACUUUGCCAGUUCCUACCUUUUAAGGAACCUGGCAGAGACGUGUCAGAACCUGCUAAACAAAGAUUUUGUGAAGGUCUACAAGCACAAAGAGUUCUUGCGCCUGCCCAAAGAGCGCAUUGUAGAACUGCUGAUGAGCGAGCAGCUGCAGAUCCAGAGGGAGGAGGUCUUGGUGGAAGCUGUACUGAAAUGGGUCCAUCAUGAGCCCAGUGACAGAAAGGCGGCCCUGAGAGAGCUGCUGGAGCUGGUGCGGCUGCCUCUGGUCGACCCAUCAUUCUUUGUCAACAGUGUGGAGACAGAUGACAUCCUACAGGACUGCAGGGACUGUCGGCCUCUGCUUCUGGAGGCCAGGAGAUACCACACCUUUGGCAGAGAGAUCUAUUCUGCACGGACAAAGCCCAGAAGGUCGUCUGGGACAGCGGAGGUGAUUAUGAUAAUCGGCGGAUGUGACAGAAAUGGUUUCUCCAGGCUAUCCCACACCGAGAAAUACAACCCUUUCACUGGAGAGUGGACCUCAGCUGCCCACAUCCCAGGCCACUCAAAGUCUGAAUUUGCUUCCAGUGAACUUCAAAAUGAUGUAUAUGUCUCAGGCGGCCAACUAAACAGCUCAGAUGUGUGGAGAUACAUGGUCCAGCUUAACCAGUGGGUGCGGGUUGGGAACUUGAAAAAAGGCAGAUGGCGACACAAAAUGGCGACCCUUCUUGGCAAGCUGUAUGCAGUAGGAGGCUACAACGGACAUGAGAGGCUCUCUAGUGUGGAGUGCUACAGCGCAUUUGAUAACCAGUGGCUGACAGUGGCCCCAUUGCUUCUCCCUGUAAGCUCAGCAGCAGUGACUAGCUGUGCUGGAAAGCUGUAUGUGAUUGGAGGUGCAGUGAAUGAAGACUCCAACACAAAUAAGGUCCAAUGCUAUGACCCUGUGCAGGACCAGUGGACUUUUGUUGCCACCUGUCCAUUCUCACAGAGGUGCAUCAGUGCCGUCACCCUCAACAACACCAUUUACGUCGUCGGGGGUCUUCUGGACAAGAUUUACACUUAUAAUCCAAGCAAGGAUACCUGGAGCAAGGCCGCCACGUUACCAAUGAAAGUAGAGAGUUGUGGACUGACUGUGUGUGAUGGUAAAAUUUAUGUCGUGGGUGGGCGUGACGAGUAUUCUGCAGCCCUUAACUAUAUGUGGGCUUUUAAUCCGGAGACCAACACGGUGACCAAGGAGAAGUCCCUGCCGCGGAGCGUCAGCUACCAUGGCUGUGUCACCAUCACUCAGCGCUGUCCUCAGAAAUCUUGA